AUGGAUAUUGAUAAACUAGUUGGCAGUAACUCAGCCAAGAGAGCCAAGAAAGUCAAGAUAGAAGGAAAAAUGGUUGUGAAGAUGAGAAAAGAAGUGAAGAGAAUCCGAGUUUUGGUUAUCCGAAAACUUGUCAGGAGUGUUGGCAGACUGAAGUCAAAAAAGGGUACCGAAGAUGCACUGUUAAAAAACCAAAGACGAGCACAACGAUUGCUCGAAGAAAUUCAUGCCAUGAAGGAGUUGAAACCUGAUGUAGUAACUAAAUCUGCUCUUGGUGAAGAUAUCAACUUUGAAAAAAUCUGCAAAAAGCCUGAUUCGACUGCUGCUGAAAGAGCAGUUGCUAGACUAGCAGUGCACCCUCUUCUGAAGAAAAAAAUUGAUGUGCUAAAAGCUGCUGUCAAAUCCUUUAAAGAUGCAAGACAAAAUGUUGAAGUUAAGUCAUCAAACAGUGCUUCAGAAGAAAAUCAUUCCAAGGACACUUUGUGUUCAAAUGAUGAUGCCAGUAAGUUACAGCAUGAGGGAACUAUUAUCCAUGAACAGAAAGAGAAGGAAGCCAAAAUAUUGGCAAAGAAACCAAUAAAUAAUUCAAAAGAAAAAAUAGCCAAGAUGGAUCAUGGACCCAAAGCAAUGGACGUCCCAAAUUCUCUAUCAAAGCCUUCCGAAAAAGAUUCUGCAACUCCCUCAGCAUCCCAGAAGACACCUUCUGACCCCAAAAUGAAAGCAUUAAGUAAAACCAAAAAAAUGAAAGAGUCCAGUAGCUCACUUGAUGUUGACAGUGAUGGAGAAGAAUUAUAUGAAGAACAGAAGGAAUAUUUUGAUGAUAGCACAGAGGAAAGGUUUUACAAACAGUCUUCCAUGUCUGAGGAUAGUGAUAGUGGUGAUGACUUCUUCAUUGGGAAAGUCAAACGGGCACGAAAGAAGGAAAGUAGUUGUCGUUUUUCAGAUAAGGAACAAACCCCCCCCCCAAAAUUGUUGCUUGAAGAAGAUAAACUUGAAACCCAUCAAAAUUUACAAAAUGAUAAAAACAAGCCACGUACAGAGGCAAGGAGGUUUGAAUCAGUGUUUUUCCAGUCUUUAUCUGGAUCUAAGAGCCUUGAAAGAAAUCACAGAGAACAGGUUCCAAGAAGCAAAACUCUGGAUUUUCAGCACAUUGAACCUCAGAUCAAGAGUCAGUUUAGUAAGAAAGCACAAAGAGGAUUUGAAAAUACAAAACAGAAAUCACAGCUGCCUCUUCAUCCUUCAUGGGAAGCAAGCCGGCGGCGAAAAGAACAGCAAUCCAAAAUUGCUGUGUUUCAGGGGAAAAAAAUUACCUUUGAUGAUUGA